AUGAAACAGGGACUAAAUUUGAGGACUAAAAUGACAUUUAAGGAAAUAUUACAGACUGAAGUGCAAAUCGAUCCAAAAAGGGCUAACCUGCCAUUCUCGGCAAAACCUCAUCCAGAUCUGGUUUCUCCCUCUCCCCUUCUCGUUCGCUUGCCGACCAACCGGCCCCAGUUCUCGGACAGCCUCACAUCAGGCAAAGCGCAGCCCUCCCCGUCCUUUGCUUUUCCUGAAGAGAGAGCAAUGCUUGUCGGUAGGGGAAUGGGUCAACUUUGUGCCGUCCGCCCAACGGUGAAUAAAACAGGGGAGCAAUCAAAGGGCUUAAAAGAGGAGAGAAUAAGCAAUCUGAGGAAAUCUUAGGUUUUUGUUUCAAAGUUUUUGUAUAAAUAGAGAUGGAGAAUUGGAGAGAAGGGGGCGGACAAAAAAAUCGAGCCGAGAAAAAAAAGGAGGAGAUCCCAGAGCCUUGGGUGCCGGCGGAAGGAGGAAUUUCUUGAGUGCCCUAUUGCUUGUAAUCUGAUCUUUGAGGUAUUGACGCAACAUUGGGUCUCCCUAAUUCCAGAUUCUAUACAUCUUAUCUUGUCUGCGCCUCUUAUUGUGGAGACUGCUGCUUUAUGAAUUAAUUUUGAUCCACUGUGCUCCCGGAUUAUGUGUUUGUGUAAAUUCCUCCUUACUUGUGAAGUCAUGAUUUUAGAUUUUUGUAUACGCGUGGUGUUGCUUUCCUUCUCUGGACAUUUUGCAUUCUAAUAGUUUGAAGGUUUUCAUAUUUUCCUGAUGCAUCCAUUUCAGAUUAUAGUCUUCCAAAGCCAUGAUUCUGGUUGAAAUUCCAUGCCUUCCUUCAUGAUUCUUCCAUGUUUUCUUGCUGUGGCAGACUCAUUUUCUUGGAGCCAAAGUCAUUU